GACCUCUUUUUAUCCGCAAACACAGGGGUGACUACACCAUACCCGGUAAACGCAAGGACAGACUCCGUCUCGGUUUAGGCCUCUGCAAGUUCCCGCUUAGCAAUAGUACUAUAAGAUGAUGACCUCCCUGCCUCUGCGUCGCUGCGGCGUGGAUGUUGUUUGUCUGCGUAGGACAUUGAUGCUGUAUCCGUCUUCUCAUCGACAUUAUUCGUCUAGUUAGAUAUAAACAUUACGAGUCUAUUAGCGACAAUGAAGACCGCAGCAGCAUUCGCACUCCUCGUGGCCAGCACCCAAGCCGCUCCGCAUUACACGUUCCCGAAGCUCGCGGGCACCUCGGACUGGAGCUCCGUUCGGCAGACGGCAAACUUCCAGUCGAAUGGGCCCGUGACCGACGUCAACUCGGAUGCUAUUCGUUGCUACCAGCGGGCUGCCGGCGGCGCCCCUGAUACCACGCAGGUCAAGGCCGGCGGCCAGAUCACUUGGGUUGCUAACCCGAGUAUCUACCACCCUGGAGCCCUUUCGGCAUACAUGGCCAAGGUCCCGUCCGGCAAGACCGCCGCCGACUUCGACGGCAGCGGAAACGUGUGGUUCAAGGUGUACCAGGACAUGCCCACGGCGUCGGGCGGACAAUACACCUGGCCAUCAAACGGCAAAGCCGAAAUCAGCUUCACCAUCCCGCAGUGCCUAGCGGAGGGCGACUACCUGUUCCGGAUCGAGCACGUGGCCCUCCACUCGGCGUCGGCAGCGGGCGGCGCCCAGUUCUACAUCUCGUGCGCGCAGGUCCACGUCAGCGGGGGCUCGUCGGGGGCCGCGCAGCCCGGGGGGUUGGUCUCGUUCCCCGGCGCGUAUAAGGCGACCGACCCGGGCAUUAUGAUUAACAUCUACAAUAACGGCGGGAAGGAGUACCAGCCCGCGGGGCCGAAGGUGUUUACUUGUUAGAUGGGGUGAGG